UCACGGUUGUUGGUGUUUUCUGCUCCUUUUAGAGCGCCCGGUUGUCGGGAUGGACAAGGAGGAGGAAGGCAGAGGCAUCUGCCCGGCCUGGUGUCCCGCUACUCGGUGCUGGAUGCAGUCACCUGGGGAGCACUCGGUGCGCUGCUUCUGCAGCUGGUCAGGCAGAUCUCCUGGCUGAGAUCACUGCAGGACGCCAGGAGGGAGCACAGGUCCCUCUGGCUCUCCUCGCUGCCCUCUCAGCAGACAGCGGUGACUGAAGCCUCCACCAGCUGUCCCAGUGCGCAGCUGGGGUCCCACUUCCUGCAGAGAGAAAACCCAGAGGUCGUAUCAGAGAACCCAUCCUCAGGGAUCCCCUUGGGGCAAGGAGAGAGCCAGCCCUGGGCAGAAGUGGGGCAGUCCCCUAACUCUGAGAGUUCCAGCGUGGGGACAUUUCUCUGCUCUCCAAAGGGUGACCCAGCUCCGCGAGGACGUUUAGAGGAAGCUGCUUUCCAAUUGCAGCAGAUUUUCCGGAUUGACAUUUCCAUUGCGUUGAAUAUCCUCGGGGUUGAAAGCAUGAGAGCAGGACAUUACAGGGUAGCCUAUACCUGCUUCAAACUGGCAGCGGAUCGAGGCUACAGCAAAGCCCAGUUCAACGUGGGUCUGUGUUACGAGCAUGGCAGAGGCACAGAAAAAGACUUGGAAAAGGCAGCUUUUUAUUACUACCAGGCGGCCAGCAACCAUCACCCCAUGGCCCAGUACCGCUAUGCGAGGUAUCUCUUGUGCCAAAGACCUGAAAAUGAACAGGACAGGCAGCAGAAGGCAGUGACUUUCCUGGAGCAAGCAGCUACAGCUGGUAUUGCAGAGGCACAGGCUUAUCUCGGGGUGUUCUACAUGAGGGGGCUGCAACCUAAGGAGAAGAGAGGGCUCAAGUACCUGCUGCUGGCAGCGAAGAACGGCGAUGCCCAAAGCAGGUACCACGUGGGCGUUUGCUAUGAGAAGGGCCUGGGAGUGCAGCAGAACCUGGCAGAGGCGAUGAAACACUACCGACAGGCAGCUGCCGCGGGGAGCGGGAAGGCCCGGGAGAGGCUGCGAGUGUUGGAAGAGGAGGAGGAAGAUGUGCAAACAAAGCAUCCCUUCCCUUCCGGAAUAAGAGCCUCUUCCUCAAGCCCCUGUUUCUGGGCUAUUGAGCGUGUGUCUGCGGGUCUCCGUGCCACCCAGCCAGGACAAUCUGCCUUCACCCAGCCAAGGCAACCUGCCCUCGCCCUGCCCCACUCCUGGAGCGCCGAUGGACUCCACAUGAUGGUGCUCAGCAGCGCUGGAUGGAGCCAUGCCCUGGGAAACAGGGCAAAGCCGCUGGAACUGCAGUGCUUGGAGCCUUUUUAGAGCAGUCGCUGCCAAGCUGCCUACAGAGCAGGAGCACCAUCUUCCAGCCCCAGGCUCUUCCCACGCGCCGACAGCUGCCGCAGAAGCCCCGAGCCUGUUUCGUUGUGGACUUGGACCUUCUGGGACAGAAUCAUUUCAAAGAGGGU